UGUGUAUACAGACAGUUGUGCAGCUUGAAAGAAUGUUGCAAAACGUGGGACGUCUGUUGAAUGCGUUCGAUCUACGUUCUAACAUAACUCCCGAUAUUUGCCUUGACAUUUACACCUGUAUGCGCCUGUUUAUUUAACGCGUAACUAGUCGAUACAAAUGCAUCGCCCAAAGUAUUUCACCCCGACAGAAGUUUCGCAGCACAACACAGUUGGCGACAUAUGGGUUUCUUACUUAGGUAAGGUGUACGACUUGACACCGUUGGUGAAUGAACACAAAGGUGAUGUGCUGUUAAAACCUAUACUUGAGUGCGCAGGGAAGGACAUCAGCCACUGGUUUAACUCGAAGACGAAAGAUAUCAGGACCCACGUCGACCCGCUGUCUGGAUGCGUGAAGUAUUACACCCCCAGGGGGCGUUUUGUGCACGUACCUCCUCCCUGCCCACGCACUGACUGGGCCAAUGACUUCGGGAAGCCGUGGUGGAGGGACAGCCGCUACGAGGUCGGGCUGCUGUCGGCGAAGACACGGUGGAUCCGUAUCAUCAACACGCUCACCUCUCAGGAGCAGAGUCUGGAGGUGUGCUCGGAGGAAACCCUGGAUGAGAUCCUGCAGCGCUACCUCCGCUACAACUCCAAUGCCACCAGCUACACCUGGAAGCACGAUGGCGUCGAGAUGGAUAUGAGCAAGACCCUGAGCGAGAACGGUGUCCCGGACGAGGACGAGGAGUUCUAUCACUGCCGCCUGGACCGCGACCUGUUCUCCCCAUCCAUCUGCCUCUACUUCAAUGAUGACCUCGCUGAACUGUGAGCCAAUCGAAUGGAGGCUGCAGAGAGGGCGUGGCAUGAUAGCUGGGCG